AUGUGUAGCUACAAGACCGGUGCGUCCCAAGCUGAGCUACAGAGAGCUCUUGACUGGGCCUGCGGGGUCGGGGGAGUGGAUUGCUCGGUCAUCGAGAGACAUGGUGAUUGUUACGAACCGGACACGCUCGUGUCGCACGCUUCUUUUGCGUUUAAUGCGUAUUACCAAACCAAUGGGAAUAAUCUCAUCGCUUGUUACUUCGGUGGAACAGCUUCACUCACCAAGAUUAAUCCUAGCUACGGAAAAUGCUCCUAUGAUGUAUCCAAAUCGGAAGUCUCCGCGGCAAGAUCUUUAUCGGAAUACAAACCAAGGUGGCUACGACUGUUGUUCAUAGGAGUUGCAUUGUUUUUCUGUCGUGGAAGCUAA